AUGGUACUUGGCAUGAGUGCUUGUAAGUUUGUGAUCAAGUCUACGGCUGCCUCAGAGGUGGUGAUAGAGUUGGCCAAAUUUUCUGAAGGAAUUGAUACUGUAACUGGUGUCAGUAUAAAAUCUGCAGUAUAUGAGAACGGUAAAGUGAGGUUAGGGCUCAACAAUGGAAAGCAUGUAGAAGUAGAUCAUGUGGUGGUUGCUGUUGGUAUAGAACCAAACACAGAUCUAGCUGACAGUGGUAACCUAGAGCUGGAUGAUAAAUUUGGAGGAUUCCGAGUCAAUACAGAACUCCAGGCACGGUCUGACAUAUGGGCUGCAGGAGACUGUGCAUCAUUUUAUGAUAUAAAACUUGGUAGACGGCGAGUGGAGCACUUUGAUCAUGCCUCAGUAACUGGUAGAUUGGCAGGUUUCAACAUGGCAGGAGAAAAUAGACCUUACCAGCAUCAGUCUAUGUUCUGGUCUACUCUGGGAGGAAUUGUGGACUAUGAAGCAGUGGGUUUGGUUGAUUCCAGAUUACAGACUUUCUCAGCUUUUAGAAAAACAUCUCCUGAGGAGGAUUCCAUUGAAAAAGAAGACAAUGCUAAAAGUCAGUCAAAACGAAAUGUAGAUACAGACAAUUCAAAAUCCACUGGGUCCAAGAAGUCUCAGCCAACUGCUAAACCUGUAGAAAAAACACAAAAUUCAGAACAAGAUGACUACAAUAAUGGUGUUAUAUUUUACCUGAGAGAUGGAGAGGUUGUUGGUGUGGUCCUGUGGAACCUGGCUGGCUUUAUGGGAGAUCCGUCACGUCUUGAUAUAGCACGACAGGUGAUAGCUGAUGGAGCUAAAGGAAAAGACUUAACAGAAGUUGCAAAAUUAUUUAAUGUUUAUGCAAAUUGAUAGAAAGUGUAUCUAUGUGACAUUGCAUUAAGUUCUGUGUGAAUUUGAGGGUCUAAGUUCCAGUUGUCAGAAUCCAGAACAUUUAUACAUAUAUUACAUAUGUAUAUCUGUAAAGUUAGAGAGUAUAUAUUGUUAGAGAUAAGCACUUUGUGUGGAUGAAGUAUUCUGGUACAGAAACAUUACAAGCAGGUCAUUAUGUAUGUUGAAAUGUUAGCCGUGUAGUUAGAUGGCAUUAAAAAUGAAACCACUGCAA